UCUCGUAGUUUGUUCUAGAUCAAAGUAUGGCUCAAACCACGUCAAAACCCUUAAACCAAUCAUGUUGGAACUGUUCCUCAAGCAUUCCUCAAGGAACUAAUCUGUAUCAGUCCGAGAUGGGUGUCCUCUUAACUAAAGAUGAAGCGAUAGCCCUGUCUGUAGUUUGCGCCUUGGCUAGUUUCAUCGGAACCCUGGGAAACUUCUUGGUGCUUCUUGCAGUUUACAAUCUCAAAAACCAUCGCAAGAUACCUGAUCUUUUCAUCUCAAGUCUGGCCUCCUCCGAUAUUUCAGUCUGCGCGCUGUAUCUGCCGAUGAUGAUUUUCAGCCUCUUUCACGGAGCUCGUACCGACGAGUACGUUAUAUCUCACUCCGUUAAAAUGUUCCUUGGACAUGCCUCCAUGGUCGCUUCCGCAACCAACAUGUUUGCAGUGACAGUUGAUCGUGUUAUCGCGAUAAGAUUCCCUUUCAAGUACGUCAAUGUCAUGAUAACGAGAAAUACAUUGGCCGGGAUAGUGGUUGUCUGGUUAGUUGCUCUUACAUUCGGGGCCCUGUAUGCUCGUGAUUUCAUUUCAACGCGCUACGUCUCAACUUACAACCUAUUGAUGUUAUUUACAACCUUAAUCAUGUACAUUUAUAUUUUCGUUGCCGCCAAACGACAAGAAAACAGAGUUCAAAACAUCCCUCUGGGACCUGAUGCGGUCGCAGCGGAGAAAAAAGUAGCCAAAAACAUUUUCGUUAUCGUGGGAACUUACACCUUGUGCUGGGCACCCUUAUUUCUAUUUCCAGCCUUUGUCCACCCUUUGAGAAAUCCGCUUUUAUUUAGAAAAGGUUUUCUCGGGAUUCAGACUCUGCUUGCUAUCAACUCAGCGGUUAAUCCUUACAUUUAUUGCUUCAGAAGCAAGAAAUACCGCACAGCAUUCUGCAAAAUACUGCGAAUACAACGUAACAAUGAUCGACAGUAA